ACCGAACACAUACAGAAACCCAAUAAGCGGCCUAUAGCGUACCGCUUCUUUGUCCGAAAAAUUACUCAAAACGAAUUUAUCAUUCUUCGUAUUUUCUUCAAAAUAAUAUCCAGAAAUUCAUGAGAAAAUCAACUGGAUUUCCAAAUUGAAGGAAAAAAGUCAAAAAUUUUCUUCAGAAUGCGUUCAUUUAAUUCCGCGUCAAAAGCGCUUACGUGCUUGUUUUCGUGUCGGGAUUUAUUCCGACGACGGAUAAUAAAGUUUACUGAAUACAAUCAGAUUAGGUGCUUGAGUACAAUUGGUGGGUCAAGUGCAUUUUCUUCAGCCAAUAAAUCAGCAGGCGCUGGUUACUGGAAUUUUAGUUUAUGGGAUUCGGGAAUUUUAUCGAAUAAUCAUAAUGUUAUUGUCCAGAAAAGGGGAUUUUUGGGGUGUGGUGAUGGCGAAGAGGGGAAUAUGUUAGCUAAAGUUUAUGAAGAGAGACGUGUCAUGGGAUACUCCCCAGAGCAACUAUUUGCUGUGGUUGCUGCUGUAGACUUAUAUGAGGAUUUCCUUCCUUGGUGUCAGCGAUCGGAGAUAAUUCGACGCAAUCCCGAUGGAUCAUUUGAUGCAGAGCUAGAAAUUGGUUUUAAAUUUCUUAUAGAGAGUUAUGUGUCCCAUGUUGAGUUAAAGAAACCAAAAUAUAUAAAGACAACUUCCACCCAAAGCAGUCUUUUUGAUCAUUUAAUUAACAUCUGGGAAUUUAAUGAGGGGCCUGUUCCAGGAACCUGCAACCUUCAUUUCUUGGUGGACUUUAAGUUUCAGUCACCAUUUUAUCGGCAGAUGGCAAAUAUGUUCUUCAAGGAAGUGGCCUCUCGAUUAGUUGGGUCAUUCCAUGACCGAUGUCAAUUGAUAUAUGGACCUGGGCUCCCAGUUCUUGAAAACACUUAUGAACAAAGAUCGUGAAAAGUUACACCGUCUAUUCCUUUAUGUUGCUAUCUUCAAAUCCAAUGCCAGAUGAGUUCAUGAUUUUUAAGUAAGCUCAAAUUUUUCUGAACCAGAUUCAACCCCUCACUUUAUUCUGUGAUGUUUUAUUUACGCCACUGAUCUCUGUAUGUGGCUUCUGCAUGUUGAAUUUGAAGGCUGAAAGGUGCCUAACUCGACUACUUCCACCCUAUAGGCAGAAAAAUACAAAUUUUCCAGUUUCAUGUUUCUUUAGAUAUGAUUGUACUUGAAUACAGAUCCACUGAGUGGAUUAAUGUUGCAGCUUUAAUAUUGUAUCUCUUCCUCUAGAGCUAGAUGCUACUCAGGGUGGCUCCAAAUAUACGACUAUUGUGAUUUUCCCUGAUUCUUGGUCAUGGCAUUUUGUAUUGAGCUCUCUGUAACUAAUGCUAAAUUCACUUCAAUGCUGAGAUGGUGUUAUUGCUAAA